AGUAGAAGCUGGAAUCCAGAAACUAGAAACUCAGUCGUUCUUGCAGGAGUGCAGGCACCCAGUCAUGGCCCAAGAGACAGCACCACCGUGCAGCCCAGUCUCAAGGGGUGACUGUCCAAUCAUAGAAAAGAUGGAAAAAAGGACAUGUGCACUGUGCCCUAAAGGCCAUGAGUGGAGUCAAAUAUACUUUUCACCAUCAGCAAAUAUAGCUGCUCAUGAAAACUGUUUGCUGUAUUCAUCAGGACUGGUGGAGUGUGAGGCUCCUGAUCUACCUAAUACAGUUAGAAACUUUGAUGUCAAAUCUGUAAAGAAAGAGAUCAGGAGAGGAAGAAGAUUGAAAUGCUCAUUUUGUAAUAACAAAGGAGCCACCGUGGGAUGUGAUGUACAGUCCUGCACCAAGAAUUACCACUUAUCCUGUGCCAUGGAAGACCACGCAAUUCUACAAGUUGAUGAAGAUCAUGGCACUUACAAAGUAUUUUGUCAAAAACACACUCCAGAAGGUCAAGAACCCACACAACUUGAUGCAGCUGUCAAAGCUCCUUUUCUUAAGAAAUGCCAGGAAGCAGGACUUCUUACUGAACUAUUUGAACACAUACUAGAAAAUAUGGAUUCAAUUCAUGGAAGACUCGUGGAUGAGACUGCCUCAGAGUCAGGUACUGAACGGGCAUUCUAGAAAACACACCUCCCAUGCUUCCCCAGCCCUUCUGUAACCCAUUCUUUAAGAACACACACCAUGGGCGGGAAGAUGGCUCAGUGGUUAAGAGCACUUGCUCCUCUGAGAGGACAAAGGCCGGUUCCCAGCAUCGACAUGGUGUGUCACUCCAUAACUCCAGUUUGAGGGAACUCA